AUGACAUCAAGUGUAGUUGCUGAUACAGAAUUAACUGUUAAUCCAGUAGAACAAACUACAGAACUUCCUGAAACAUCAAUUGUAAAUGCUGAUAACGAAGAUGAAGAAUUAUUAGCAACUGAUCGAUUUCAACAACGUCUUGAACGUUUUGGAACAAUAGCACCCGAAGCAAAGAAAAUUUCACGCGCAUUACGUUUUGGCACAUCACAUGAAACCAUUGAUAAUGAGACUAAAAAACGACGUUUAGAAAGGUUUGGUACCCUGCCUGAUUCAACCGAAAAUGAACAAGAAAAGAAGCGUCAACGAGCUCAACGUUUUCAUGUAAAUAAUCCAACAUUAACAAUUGAUGAAGAAACAAAACAAAAACGUAUCGAUCGUUUUGGCGUCGUUACACCAUCGAGCGCUGCGUCAACAAAAAAUAAAAUUGAUAGAAAAUCUUCACCAACAACUCAAGACUUGUCAGACGCAAUUAAAAAACGAACUGAACGUUUCGGUAAUAUAUCUGAUGAUGCUAAGGCGAAUACAUUGGACGACCAAAAAGCUAAACGAGCAGAACGAUUCAAGCCAAUAACAAGUGUUUAA